UAGCAAAGCUGCAAAGGUCGCGGAGCGAUGCACGCCAUGGGGGACGGGCUGUGCCUUACUGUGUACACCCUGACACCUUCUCUUUAUUCCGCUACGACACAGUGACCGACUUACCGACCGACCUUAUGACAAACACCUCGUGAUUCUUUCCGUUUUAUCCAACCUUCCCUCAACUGAAAUACGACAAAUAAUAAGGAAUAAGAUCCCGACGUAAUCAUUUCUUCCUAUCGAAAACAAUUAAGAGGAAGAAACUCUCCGAUACCUUCCGGAUAUUCUCCUGCGAACCGGAACUUACUUUCAACACAAACGUUUCAUUAUACCCGCUCUCCUCAGUCAAGAUGGUGUUUCUCAACUUGCUGACAUUUGGCCUCUGGGGAAAGCUUGGACGACUCACUCACUACGCCGUGGAUGCGGUCCUCAUCUCGACUAUCCUCGCCGGCAUGAGGCGCUCGACUGGCCUAACUUUCAACACCGAGCGCGUGUCCGUCGGCGAGACCAAGGAGGCCAAUAAGUGGAUAGAAAAGUACCUGGGCGUCGGCGAAUGGGUCAUGGAUCAGUCCGUCGCGAUAGCCGGGUCCAGCGGCUGGUUCCAGCGGACCCGAUGAGCGGAUAGUACGAGACGAGAGGGCUGGGGAUAACGCGCGGUAUAUUUACGACUGGAAUUGAUCUCCCACCAUCAUCAUAUCGCUUGGUCGUCAUCGCCGUUACGAUUCUUAGCAUGGAACGUAUCGCAACCUUAUCUCCGAUACGUCUUUGAACGAGCGCCGCUAUGCCCUCCCCUCCACCGCAUCGUACUCGAUUGGAAUUGUUGUCCUUUCUCUCCCCCUUUCACGAACAGGCGUUGUUGUUGUUGUUGUUGUUGUUGUUGUUAUUGGGUCCAUAUAUCCGUUUGAUGAAAGUUUCUUGCUGCUGCUACCACGAUAUAUGAAAGGAAUGAAAUGCUUGCCUCUGCUUGCUUCACUUGGCCACUACUCCAUGCGCAAGGCGACGGUUGUCGCGACCGCAUUACGUUACAUAAAAAUACAAAGCCACUCAGUCUCACCUGCGAGCAAU